AUGGUUGUUUCGGCUCUAGAUUCAGCCAUUGCAGCAGACGCGUUGCCAGAGAUUGGCGAAGUUACUCCGACGGUGGAGCGACCGAAGAUUGCGGAGCACGGCGACUACAGCACGAGCAUUGCGCUGGCGCUGGCAUCGAGCAUGCGUAUGGCGCCGCGUGAGAUUGCGACCAAGAUCGCGGAAUCGGUUGAGAAGUCGUCGAUGGUUUGCGAUGUGAGCAUCGCGGGACCGGGAUUCAUUAACUUCCGAUUGGAUGACGAAUGGCUGCGAUCUCAGGUCAAUGUGAUCCGCGAGGAAGGCGUGGAGUUCGCGCAUUCCGACAUCGGUGCGGGUCAGAAGGUCCAGGUCGAGUUCGUGAGUGUGAACCCUACCGGGCCGUUGCAUAUCGGGCAUGUACGGGGCGCGGUGAUCGGCAACGGCAUCGCCAACAUCUUGGAUGCGGCGGGAUUCGAUGUCCAGCGGGAGUACUACGUUAACGACGCUGGCAACCAGAUGCGCAUCUUCAUGGAAUCGGCAUACGUUCGUUUCAUGCAGGCCGCCGGGAAAGAUGCUGAAUUAGGAGUGGAGUCGUAUCCGGGCGAAUUUGUUGUAGACCUCGGUGCAGAGUUGUACGCCGAGUUUGGCGAUUCGGUGGUUGAGAUGGACAAGGGUGACGCGAUUGGCGUUAUCGGCAAAACGGCCUUGGAUCGCACGUUGGCAAACAUUCACGGCACGCUGGCAAUGAUGGGAAUCGAGUAUGACGAGUGGUUCAGCGAGAGAUCUUGA